UGUUCAUUCAUUCAUUACAAAUCAUACAAUAAAUUACAAUCACACAAAGCAUGACAGUACAAUACACAGCACAAGUUCCCUAAACUAUACACAAUACCACAUGCUACACUGACAUUUUCGCUCCAUUUAAUCCUGAAAAGAGAAAAAACACCUUGUGGUAAUGUGGGCCAUUUCUACUAGCAAACAAGCUGUUUGAUAGACUUUUCACCUUUUUGUUUUUUUAGCACGAUGGGCUAAUAGAUAUGGUAAACCUUUAAACUUUCAAUGCAAAAGUUUUCAAAGCAUCGGAAGCAUUGAAAGGUAAGUUAAAUGGGCGCUUUCUAAUAUACUUCAUAAGAAAAAAAUGAUUUCCUUUGUAUAGAAAUAAGGAAAAAUUAUGAAAAAAAAGACCACUAGUGUCAUAAUCCUGUCUGGAUGCAGCGUCAUCUUUUUCCCAGCUGAAGCGCAGGUUGGGACAAAGUCCAGGAAGUGAAGGUGGAGCUAGCACUCCUUUUGUGCUCACUCCUGUCCUGUUUAUCAUAUUCUGACUGAAAACAGAGAGGAGGGGGUUACAGAGCAGCCUGCAGUGAUUGGAUGAAGAGACACAGCACAGCAGACUCAGGGAGGAAGAGAACGCAUGGUGAGGGCGGGCUCAGUGCUUAACUGGGACACCCCCCUUUCUGAGCAGUGGAUGUCAGAAUGAGUUAGCAGCAGAACAGAGGGCUUUGUGAGCCAAAUACAGAAGCUAGACACAUAAAGACAUGUAAAGCAUCUGUAUGACCUAGUGAUUAACAUGUAGAUGAUAAUUUUUUUUCUGUUAUAUGACAGGUGUUCUUUAAUGAAAAUAUAGUUUGGGGUGGCAAUCGCUAACAGUCCCAAUUUCGUCAGCUGGAUACUGAGCCCAAAAAAAAUUAAUAAUUGUCGAUGUAUGCCCUUUAUGAAGGAAAACUGAAUUUAAAGGAAAUGUCCUACACAGGUCUAUGUUCUACAAAUGUAUUUUACCACACCUGGAAAUGUGUCAUGUGGCAGAUAAACUGGAAUGUCCCCCCCAAACACACACACACCUAAAUCUUUUUAAUUGCUUUAUUAAAGUGUACCUGUCAUUUAACAAAAACUUUACUAGGGACAUGUAAAAGGUUUUCCUAGCAUUACAAGUGUACACAAAAAAAAAUGUAUGCAUAAAAAACUACUACACCUUUGCACUCAUUUAGGAAGAUGUAAGUUAUACACUCACCAUAUUGUCUUUGGUGGUAGAGUACAGGCAAUCUCCAAUAAUUAUUAUUGAGUGUGUACAGGGAUAGGGAAUAAGAUGUCUAGGGGGCGGAGUACUCCUUCAAAGUGUUUGGAACAAACUGUCCCGAACGCAGGAGCCGGCACCGGAAGCUCGUGACGUCAUACCCCCGCCCUCUCAUGAUGUCACACCCUGCCCCAUCAAUGAAAGUCUAGGGGAGGGGCGUGGUGGCUGUCACGCCCCCUCCCAUAGACAUGCAUUGAUGGGGUGGGGCUAUGACAUUACGAGCUGCUGGCUCCAGCGUUUGGAACAGUUUGUUCCAAACGCUGAGCAGCGGAGUACCCCUUUAAGUGCAGAUGUUCUGCCGUGUGAACCCGGCCUAUGGGAUCAAUGAGGCAUCACUCCUAUACUUCAGGCCCAUAUAACAACUCCCAUUUCUAAAACAACAGAGAAGGGAAUGAUAUUUUCUCACUAGCUCACUCUGGCUAUCAAGCAGGAGCGCCUGGACCCCCAAUGAUUAUGACCCUCAUGAUAGACAUGUGGUUAACUAUUAAUGUGUUCAAAAAUAAUUAAUUAAUAAAAAAAAAAAAAAAAAAAAAAAUAAAAAUAGACUAAUUUUCGGCCUCCUGUAUGAUAUUUACAGCUCUUAUCGUGCUGAUCGUAAGGACCGUGUCUGGGACUUCAGCUGCAAGAGCACCUUCAGGAAACCUAGUUCCUGCUACUGGUCCAGCUAUGUCAAUGAUUUUAAGCAACGGAUAGAAUACGCAUGUCCAAUUGGCUCAGUGCUAAGCGGUAUGAGCAGCUACCAUGACGACGGCCAAGAAGACAGAAGGUGGAGUUUCUUUUGCUGUCGGGGAAAGGUACAAAGGCGAAACUGUCAAUGGAGCAGCUACGUGAAUGACUUUGAGCAGGAAUUUACAUGGAAAGCUUCUUCAAGUCGCUACCUGGUUGGGAUUUCCAGUUACUAUGACAAUGAACACAAAGACCGAAGCUGGACAUUUGCCACAUGUGAAAAGUGAUGAGCUGCUGUCCUCCAGGUGGAGCUACUGAGCACAAAGAGACCGUAGAUCAGUGAUUCCCAACCUGGGUGCCUCCAGCUGUUGAAAAACUGCUCUGCUGAGCAGGUCAUAAUCAUAGUUGGGCCUGUAUUCUGUAACAAUCCCAUCUAUGUUAUAGAUUGUAACAACAAAGUCUUGAAAUAAAUGAUUAAGAAAAAAGACGAAACACAUUCUUGCUCACUAAAAUGAUCAAUUGUUCCUCACACCAGACCUCAUCCCUAUAUCUCCGCCCUGUAUAUAA